UCCAUGGCAGCGACUUCAACAAUUAGCUUAACCACAGAGGGAAAUGCUUCAAAGAUCGCGAACGGUUCUGACGAAACAUCGGAUACAAACACAACACCUAAAACUGAAGUAACACCAUCUGUGACAUCCAUGGCAGCGACUUCAACAAUUAGCUUAACCACAGAGGGAAAUGCUUCAAAGAUCGGGAACGAUGCUGGCGAAACAUCGGAUACAAACACAACACCUAAAACUGAAGUAACACCAUCUGUGACAUCCAUGGCAGCGACUUCAACAAUUAGCUUAACCACAGAGGGAAAUGCUUCAAAGAUCGGGAACGAUGCUGGCGAAACAUCGGAUACAAACACAACACCUAAAACUGAAGUAACACCAUCUGUGACAUCCAUGGCAGCGACUUCAACAAUUAGCUUAACCACAGAGGGAAAUGCUUCAAAGAACGGGAACGGUUCUGACGAAACAUCGGAUAAAAUCACACCAUCUAAAAUUGACCUAAAAACAUCUGUGACAUUCAUGUCAACGACGGCGACAAUAAGCUUUACCACUAACGGAAAUGUGUCAAAGAUUGGAAACGGUUCUGGCAAAACAUUGGGUACAACCACAACAUCUAAAACUGACCAAACAACAUCUGUAAAAUCCAUGGCAACGACGGCAACAAUUAACUUUACCACGGAUGGAAAUGUGUCAAAGAUUGGAAACGGUUCUGGCGAAACAUCGGUAAACACAAGAUCAAAAAUUGACCCAACAGCAUCUGUGACAUCCAGGGCAACGAAGGCAACAAUUGGCUUCACCAUAGAGGGGAAAGUGUCAAAGACUGGGAAAGGCUCUGUCGAAUCAUUGGAAGAGAAGAAUUCACUUGGACUAGCUGAAUGGAUUGGCAUUGGGACUGGUAUUUGUGUUGGGGUGCUGGCAGCUGUGCUUAUGGUAAAGUUUCGUUACAAAAUACGAUCAUUCAUUAGGAAUCGAGUAGGAUCUGAAAACAUACAAGACAGCGAGAACCAAACAAAUGAAAACGAUGAUGAUGACAACAUGACACGAACAGAGGCAGGGGGUUUCCAACUGGUGGAUAUAAAUUGAAACUAAACACGUGUAUGGAAAGGUUUUGGACCAUCAGGAACAAAACGUUUUUCACGACAACGACAACGACCAAGGCCUAGUGUGUACCGCUAGUGAAGCAAAAGUGUAUACAGAAACUCUAGACGAACAGGGUGGUUGUUGUAUUAAUAGCUAGCAUUUAUAUUACAAUCAUGUAAUAUAAAUGUCAAAAUAUGAGGUUAUUACCUACUUUCUUUGCAAUCAACAAAAAGUAUUUUAAUUUUUGAAAACUAAAUAGAAAUGUAUAGAUAUUUCAAGUCCUAAUUAUAUUCAACAUAUUUCUUAACGUUAACUUGUAAAUCACAAUUUUCUUUAGUAAUUAUUAUAUAGGAAUGUUAAGUUUAACAAUGAAUAACUUGCUUAUAUUUGUAAAAU